AACUCCUGGGCCCGGGCUCUCGCCGCCUAAGUGCCUUCUGGAGCCGCGGGCGGCGAUGAAGCCGUCUUGGCUGCAAUGUCGCAAAGUCACGGGCGCUGGGACCCUCGGGGGGCCUCUGCCCGGGUCCGCUCCCGCCCGGGGCGCCGGCCCGGCCCGCAGGGCUUACGUGGCCCCAGGCCCGCGGGGCGCCCUCGGGGGCCACGGCUGCCGGGCACUGUCCUCGGGCGGCGGCGAGUACAAGACCCACUUCGCGGCCUCGGUGGCCGACCCCGAGAGGUUCUGGGGCAAAGCCGCGGAGCAGAUCAGCUGGUACAAGCCCUGGACCAAAACGCUAGAGGACAGACACCCGCCGUCCACCAGCUGGUUUGUGGAAGGAAUGCUUAACAUUUGUUACAAUGCCAUUGAUCGUCAUAUUGAAAAUGGUAAAGGAGAUAAGAUUGCAAUCAUCUAUGACAGUCCUGUCACAAAUACCAAAGCAACUAUAACCUAUAAAGAGGUUCUGGAGCAGGUCUCCAAGCUGGCUGGUGUUUUGGUCAAGCAUGGUAUCCAGAAAGGUGACACUGUGGUCAUCUACAUGCCAAUGGUCCCACAAGCGAUGUACACCAUGCUGGCAUGUGCAAGGAUAGGAGCCAUCCACAGUCUCAUAUUUGGGGGAUUUGCAUCCAAAGAAUUAAGUAGUCGCAUUGAUCAUGCAAAGCCCAAGGUGGUGGUUACAGCAUCAUUUGGUAUUGAACCUGGAAGGAAGGUAGAGUACAUACCACUUCUCGAGGAAGCGCUGAGAACAGGACAUCACAAACCAGAUAAAGUUCUCAUUUAUAAUCGCCCAAAUAUGGAAACGGUUCCUUUGGCCCCAGGCCGUGACCUCGACUGGGAUGAAGAGAUGGCGCAAGCGCAGUCACACGACUGUGUCCCAGUGCUUUCCGAGCAUCCACUGUAUAUUCUUUAUACAUCUGGGACAACAGGACUGCCCAAGGGUGUGGUUAGACCCACUGGGGGAUACGCUGUAAUGCUAAACUGGACAAUGUCCUCUGUAUAUGGACUUAAACCUGGAGAGGUAUGGUGGGCAGCUUCUGACUUAGGCUGGGUUGUUGGACAUUCCUAUAUCUGUUAUGGACCUCUUCUACAUGGGAACACAACUGUUUUAUAUGAGGGGAAGCCUGUGGGAACACCGGAUGCUGGCGCUUAUUUCCGUGUGCUGGCCGAGCAUGGAGUAGCUGCUUUGUUUACAGCGCCGACUGCAAUUAGAGCAAUCCGUCAGCAGGACCCUGGGGCAGCCUUGGGGAAGCAGUACUCUCUGACGAGGUUCAAAACAUUGUUUGUGGCUGGAGAGCGCUGUGAUGUGGAGACCCUGGAAUGGUCCAAAAAGGUCUUCAGAGUACCUGUCCUAGACCAUUGGUGGCAGACUGAGACUGGAUCCCCAAUUACAGCAUCAUGCAUGGGAUUAGGUAAUUCUAAAACUCCUCCUCCAGGACAAGCAGGAAAAAGUGUUCCAGGAUACAACGUUAUGAUAUUGGAUGACAACAUGCAAAAACUGAAGGCUCGGUGUUUAGGAAAUAUUGUGGUUAAGUUGCCAUUACCACCUGGGGCUUUUUCAGGACUCUGGAAGAAUCAGGAAGCAUUCAAGCAUUUAUACUUUGAGAAGUUUCCUGGAUACUAUGACACCAUGGAUGCUGGUUAUAUGGAUGAAGAAGGCUAUUUGUAUGUUAUGUCUCGAGUUGAUGAUGUAAUCAAUGUUGCAGGUCACAGGAUUUCUGCAGGUGCCAUUGAAGAGUCGGUCCUUUCCCACGGCGCCGUGGCUGACUGCGCGGUGGUGGCCAAGGAGGAUCCUUUGAAAGGUCAUGUUCCAUUAGCGCUCUGUGUUUUGAGAAAAGAUAUAAAUGCAACAGAGGAACAAGUUUUAGAAGAACUUGUGAGUCAUGUUAGACAGAGCAUUGGCCCUGUGGCUGCUUUUCGAAAUGCUGUGUUUGUCAAACAGUUACCCAAAACUAGGUCUGGCAAAAUUCCCCGCUCGGCGCUGUCUGCCCUUGUCAAUGGCAAGCCGUAUAAGGUCACACCUACCAUUGAAGACCCCAGCAUUUUUGGGCACAUAGAAGAAGUACUGAAGCAGACAUGACUUGUUUUUCUCAUUUUGAGUCAAUUUCCUAGUGGGAGUGAAGUUUUGGGGAUUAUUUCCCAGAAAUAAAUAUUUAAAUAGAAUUUCCUACAAAGUGACAUGUGAAUUGUAAAGCUGGGUCUCACAGUGUGUACUUGAAGGCUGGUGGAAGACCUUUGUCUUCUGUGUGAUUAGACCCACUUAGCAUCUUUAUCAAUUGCUUGUAACCUGGCUCAGUUGAGGUUGACUAGCACUUUAGAAAAAAAAUGUAUCUAAUGUAUAAUUUUUAAAAUUAUACUCUCCCCAAAAGCAUUUUAAUUGAAAGUCACACUGAUGUACAGCUACUUUCUGAAAUUAUGAAUCUGCAGCUUGGAGCCAAAACCUAAAAGCUCAAGUUACAGCCAGAAAAUAACUAUUUUCUUAUAGGAAUUCUGAAUAUUUUCUAAUAUUCUUGAGAUGUCCACAUGCAUGGUUAUUUUAAAGGAAAUGGCUGAAAUGGGAUGGUUUAGGUAAUCAUCUAGAGAGAGGAUCUGUCUAGUCAUCCAUUUCCUGAGGGAAGGUUGGAGGUCAGUGUAAGAGGUAAUAAAUAGCUUGCUUACUUGUUCGUUUCAUAGAAAUUGCUUACAACCUGAACAAAGACAUUCAGAAAACCAUAGGUUUCUUUUAGAUUGUAAAGGAUAAAAUAAAUGACUUCUUUAUGUAACAUUGUUAUUUUUUUAGAGAUGCAUUUAAUUCAGAGUAUUUUAGGUACAAUCCAGUGAAAGUGCUUUAUUAUAAAUAUUAAAUAGAAAAUUCUUUUUUUUUCCUCCCAGAUUUUAAGCAAUCUGAUGACUUGAGUGUUAUCCUUCUUGCCCUACUUUUAAGUAAAACUUUAUGUGACUAGGAAACUUUAGAUACAAAUCUAGUUUAUAUCAUAGUUGCUAUAAUUUUGCUUUUACAGGUCGGGAUCCGCAAGAUCAGGUGAACUUAGAAAGCUCUUUCCCAUUGUUUCUGCUCAGGCAACAUGUUUAGAGAAUUUAAAAUCACUCUCAUAAGCAAGUUUAGUACUCCCUCUGCUGGCUGACUCACUUUUGAAGAUAAAUAUUAGAUUAGGAUUCACUCGAAAAGAACUGUUUUCAUUAUAGUUUAAAUAAAAUGUUAAACUUUAUGUGACUAGAAAACAAAGCUUAAACAGGGAACUCGAAGUAUUUUUUUUAUUGACAACUGAGAGGGUUUCUGUUACCAUUACCUUUUGACCGAAUCUGUUAAACAAAAACAGACAUCAAAACAAAUGUAAUGUACGUGCAAACAUAGCAAAUUAAACACAAAAAAGAAAUUCCUAAUGACAGGUCUUGCGCUUAAUAAGAUCAAGCAGCAGAAAAUCAGCAAUUAGAUAAAUGGUAUUAUUAAAUAGGUUUUACUUUGAAAUCUCCCAUAUAAACAAAGAAUAAACAACAGUUACACCACCAAAUAAAGCCACAGGAAAGAGAGGACUCGUCUAUACUUUAUACACUAUAUAUGUUAAUCAUUCUGUCUUUCAUUUAUUUCCUCUGAUAAGACUGACUUCAGAUUAAGUCGCAACAAGGCCAUCUUGGCUAGAAGUUUAUAACAUUAGACAUGAGUCUGGCUAAUGCCCUGUUACAUAGACAAAAGGUAUGGGUGUCUGGGGUCUUGUUUGUUCCAGUGGAAAUGAGCCUCAGACUCUACAGUGGUUUUCAUUCACUGAACAGUGCUGGCUGACGGUUCAAGAUACUUGAAUGAACGCGUGGUUCUUAGUAAAGAAGUUUGUUGGUUUUUCUCCCCCUUGGUCCACAGGUAAUGAAAGAAGAUAAUGUUUUUUUCUUUACAAAUUUUUUUAAAUAUUUGCUUUGACUCUUGUAAACAGUUUGGCUUUGUUUUGUAUUGAAAAGGAUAUUGAGCCAUCACAGUGCUAUUUCUAAAGAUAAGGACAUCCCUGAUUGCCUUUAAAGGUCUAUUUUUGGCUCCAGUUCCAGGUUAAGUCAUUCUUUUUCCAUGAUCAGAGGCAGGUUUUCAGCUUUAAAGAUUGACAGACUUGAAGGUGAACCAUGUGGAAGCACAAAACAUGCUUCUAGGAAACAUCGAUUUAACUGUUACAAUUCAAAACCUGUAAAAAUGGUGGAGUGGUAAAAUACAAACAGUACUUGGAAUUGUCAAAUGUUUGCACUCGAGACUUCAUGAACCAUAGAUUUUAUUUUUUAAAAAAUCAUAUUUAUAUCCAUUUACAUAAGACUUACACAUUUUAAAAGAAAUACACAGGAAUACAUAAAUGCCUAGUAUAUUACAAUAAAACGUGAAAAAACAAGUGGCUCCAUUUCAUAAAAGCAUCUGUUGUACAGAAUUUAUGAUGGGGAUGAUACAUAUUCAAUGACUUAAGCUUUUUCUUACAAUUGUAGUAAACUAAUCAAAAUUAGUAUCUGACUUCCCCAAAAUCACAUUUUCAGAUUAAUAAACCAGUACUUGUGGUUAUUUCCUUAGCAUUCAGUAUUCACAAAGGUUUCUCACUGCUCGUCUUCUUCGACGGUAGUGCACUUUAGGUAGAGUAGACUGAAAAGACGACAUCUAAAAUAUUUAAUGGACAGUGUUAGUUUGCUGAAAGGUCCCCAACUGGAAAAGUCCCCUUUACUACUUCUGAUGCACCUCCAUGCAGCCUGCCUCCUUCUCUUCUAGGAGAUACCGAAUAGAAUAUCAUCUAGGAUCUAAACCAUAGCCAUAUGCAAUUAACAUUUGUUCUUAUCCAGUUCUUUACAGAUGAGCUUAAUAAAUAUUUGCUCAACAUUGUGGAAAAUAUGGAGGUAAUAAACAAAGGUAUACACAGAAAAUGUCAGCAGUCCUUUUUAAAAAAAUUUACAGCUUGGUCAUUAAUAAAAGGGGGUGAGUUGACAUAUGGGUGGAAUAGGUGUUUUCUGGUUUAUAUCUUUUAGCACUCUUAAGAUGAUACCUUUAUUUAAUUGUGACAAAAACAUAAUGAUAAUAAAUAAUAUACUUUAAAGGAUCUGGAUCAGUGAGGUGACAUCACUGAUUCUUUCCAGUCAUAAUGUACUUAGGAAAAGCUCACAAUUACUAUUCCUGACUCAAAAGAAACAGUACAAUAAUUCAGAACGUAUUAACAAAAGCACUAAUGCUUUAUCGAAACAGAAUCUUGAAUGUCCUAGAAAAACUUAUUGUAAAUAAAUGCCUUUAUCCCACUUAAUGGUAAAAACUAGGAAAUAUGAACUAGAAUGCCAUGCACUAAAUACAGAUUGCAAAUAGUUAAAGAGUAAUUCUACCCAUCAGUCAAGAGCUAAGAAGCAAGCACCACUCAACAUAUUAAAUAGUCGUUUAUAAAUUAGUGAAGUAUUUAGUUCCUGGGGAAAUUGCCAUGUUAUGUAGAAGCUACUACAAACAGUAUUUUGGAAAGCCUCUUAUUUAGCCAAAUUAUUAUAGACUUUAGAUCGGGACUAAUUAGAUGCCAAAUUGUAUACCAUAAUUAAAAUUUUAAUGUUAGGGUUUUAAUUCUGAAAUGAAAUCUCCUAUCUGAAAGCUUUUUGCUCUAUCAUUAGCAUCUUCAAAUAAUGACCCAAGUAAGGCAGCAUUAUCAGCUCCCACAUUAGGCCCCAAAGACCAACAUAAAUUGCAUAGAGUUUUUAGUUGAAGGCAAUGAAUAAACAGCACAAGAUGAGCUGUUCCUCUGCCUAUGAUUGCUUCCUCUCCCCGUCCCUGUGCACACUGGUUCUAUAUAUUUCUCUAAAAAGUAUUUUUCCAAAAUAUUCAUUCAUUGUAAAUGGUAGAAUAUCUUGGUAAAGCACAGUUUUAGGUUUACUUUUUAUGAGCAUUUGACAUUUAUAAUCUAGGAAACCACAAUUUAUGAAGACAAUUUUUCAAUAAAAUUCCAUUUUCAUAUGGAUUUGGAAGUAUAUAUAUUCCAUCAACUAGUAUUUCUCUAAAUACACACGCCAUAUCAAGGUUUUCUGCUAGUCCUGUUUGCCAUUCUUACAGUUUUACUUUAUUCCUGUGCUCUAAGCCCCAGAUCCUUGUUUUCAACAAAGUCACACUGAUGAAAAACCACAUUUUAGAAGUUCAAAAUUUUCAGUUAUACUUUUGUUUUUAAUAUGAAACCACCUCCAAAUAAUUUUCUUGUCUCUGCCACUGUUUGUGUACCUACUAGAAUCUGGCUACUCUGGCUUCCUCCAUAUAAAAUAUUCACUUAAAAAUGUAUUACUCUGUAAGUGCCAAACUCUCUUCGAUAAAAUGUUCUGGGUGUCAAUAUCAAAUGCUACUAAAAAGGAUAAGACAGCUGCUACGGUUGCAACCCACUGAUGUGUAUAAGGGGGAAGAGAUGGGCCUCCAGCAGGCGUAACUUAGACCAUAGCAGACAGGCAGUGAUAGGAAAUACUGGAUGAAGGGUGGCAAUAUAAAGACUCCUUUUUUAUGUUUUAGCAGUUCAAAGGGGUUCUCUCACUUCUGUGCUGCUAGGCCAUACCAAAGAGUAUGAGUAUUGUGUAGAUUGACUAGUCCAUGGAGGUUUGUCUUUUGUCAGCCAAGGAAAACUACUCACAGCUAGUCAGUGCCGCCUCCUUUGAGUGGCUUGUCAACAUGAGUAUGUGCGAACAGUGGAGUUGUCUAACCUCUGCAGUCUUGAUGAAGCAACUGCAAAUGGAGAAAAGGGCUUUAGAGGGACUUGGACGAUUGAGCACAAAAUUUCAGAUGAGAGAUUUAGUUUCCCUGCAUAAAGGGAUACUGAACACACGAGACCUCCUCCCUCGCAGAUGUAAGCCACUUGCAUCCCUUUUCUUCGUAACAGGUUACUAAUGAAAACUGAUUCCGAUGUGACUCAAUGGAGCUUUCCAACUGUUGUGUAUUCCUCGUUAGAUGAAACUGGUAACAAAGCGCAGCUCCCCAGAGUGCUUCUGCUUUUGAAGCAAAGAUUGCUCUUAGAGAAUUCAAGGAGGUGGAUUUUAUUUUUCCCCUCUGAGUAUCGAGCAGCUUCUACACUCAUUUUAAUCUCAAAUUCUUCAUGGAUUUUUGUUAACAUGUUCUAUAAUAUUGACAGGUUAGAAGACAUGUAGAUCAAAGAUCACAGUUUAUAUUGGAAUGAAUUUUAAGGGCCGUGAUAGCAAUCACCUUGAAAAGAAAUAAUGCUUCUAGGUGAUUGUCUUUUAAGAGAGUGGGACUAUUUUUUUAAUGCCUGCCAAACAGAAAUAACUAUUGUGACUACUUUUUCAGAAGUGUCUCUCCAGAAUGGCUCCUUUCCUUUGUGAAGUAUGUCACACAGUCUAAUGUCCACAGAAGGAAAUACUAGUUGGGAAAUUACUGGUGGUUUUGUGUUUGUUUAAUUCUCUUCUCAUGGUUGUGCUUGUUUAUUUAAGGCCUUUUGCUUUGGUCAGAGGUGAAAAUAUCUGAUGAGUCUGAGUUUCUCAGAUAAAAUAUAAAACUUGCAAUAUUCAAACAAGUAGGGUGAUGGUGGAGUUGAUUCCCAUCUACUAAGGACCAUUUGUCCAAAUCCAACCUCCAACUAAACAAAGGAACUGAAGAGUGAAGAAAUACAAAUCAUGCAGAUGUUUAUUCUUCCUAGAUGUGGACAUUAGCCAAAAUUGUCCUUUUUAGGGUAAUAUAGAUUAUGGUAAAAAUGUAAAUAAGGUGCCAUGAGCUCAUGCAUUAGCAGUUUAUAAAAUGAUCUGGUUUUUGAUGAAAGCAAACUUCAGGCAGAGCAAACCAACUCAAGAAAAGAAUCAAUUCCAGAAAACUACGCAGAGCCAGAGAAUGAUACUAGCAUUUGCUAAACAAGUUUUUUACUGUAUAAGCAGAAAUGCAAAGCUACUUUACCAUCUGUUGUCAUUUUCCGUGACUGCCCAGAUGUCGUGGUUAACCUAAAUCCAGCUGGUAGAGUUUCUGAGGACCCAGGCAUCAUGCUGAUUCCAUGCACCUCACGGGGAGGAAACUGCCUUCUCCAGGUCGCCCCACGCCUGAAGUUCUUGUCAUCACUCUGCCAGUACAAUUAUAAUUAAUGUAAUGAAAACAGACAACUAGUCCGGUUGCUUAAAACUGUAUGCCUAGAAACACUGAUUAUUUACAUUCGGUCUGUAAAGCGUGUAUAUAGACUAAUGCUUUUAAGAGUUCCUUUGAUUCUGUAAUGAGAACACAGGAGACUGAAACAUAUGUUUUUAUAAACAUUUUCAUAUGACUUCAAACCUAAGGUUUAUCAUCUAUAAAAAUAAAUAUUUUUGAAAACCUAAAAUCAAACCCCAAAGUUUUUCUGAAAAUUGUAUUGGAUAAUCUUUGUUACAUGUUUUUGCCAACUGAUUUUAUUGUAUGAGAUGAUACGUAGUUCAGUAAGUGUUGGGUAAAGUGCAUUUGACUCACACACUUGAAUGACUAUUCCAUGAAUUUUGCUUUUAUGUAUACAAGAGAGAUCCCUUAUGGAAGUCUAUGUAUUUGAUGUAGUCUGGUGGCUCAUAUGGAUACUAUAACCUAUGCUAUGUGUAAGAAACUUAAUUUGUUAUUUGUUAGAUUUCAGCUGACAGAGAAUUAACUUAUAAUUUGUUGAAAAACCUGUGCAGCCUAGACACCAUCCUUCUAAUAAAAACUUGCUCCUUAGAUGCCAUUAAAAGCAUAAUGUAAUUCUAGAUGCUAUUUUACAAACAUAA